AUGAGUGUACAAACUGAUAAUUCCACAACGACGCAAUUGCCCUCUGGAGGUCUAAAAUACAACUACAGUUCCGUCGUUUUUCUACAUUUUGCGUACGUAGGAGUUGCAAUUGAUGCUUAUAAGCAAAUGUUUGACAAGGAAGUUAUUAAAAGUGGAUUAGUUAUUUGUCAAUUUAUUCCUUGGUUAUGUGCUAGUCCAGAUGGAUUAGUUUUAAAAAACGGUAAAAUUGAUGCAGUUCUUGAGAUAAAAUGCCCAAUUUCUUGCCGAAGCAAACCCAUAGUAGAAAAUGGAAUUCCAAAUUUAAAAUAUUUAUUAGUUGAAAAUGGGAUACUCAAGUUAAAAAAAUCAUCAAUGUAUUUUACACAAUGUCAAAUAUUAAUGUACUGUACUGGUUUAUUAACAUGUGAAUUUUUUAUUUAUAAUAAUAUUGAACCAGUGGCAUUGACUAUACAAAGAGAUGAAUUAUUUUUAACAAACACUGUAAAAAAAAUAGAAACAUUUUUUUUUAAUUAUUACUUGCCAGGAUUAGCUUCCAGGCAAUUGUUAUAA